CCAUCCCCAGCGGCAACCCGCAGAAAAAACACAACCACCCCCCCCAAACCAAGGGCCCCCCACCUUCCCCUUCCCCCCCAAAACAGGCUUUCCCCUUCUUUUUUACUCUCUUUCUCCCUUUUAUUUUUUUUCUUUUAUUUUCUUUUUUUUUUUUUUUUGUGUGUGUGUGUGCUGAAUUCCCCGCAGAUCCGGCCUGGAAGUUCCCAGCUCCUGGAGUUAAGCUUCUUUGUUGCUUCCCUUCGUUUGGGGCAUCUUUGUGUUUCCCCCGCCUGCUCCACUGGAGACCGCGGAAUCUGCUGCCGCACAUCCACUGCAUCCCCUGAGGCAGCUUAUGGGACCCUUCCCUGGGCGCCCCAGGACACACCGCAUGGGAUGGCAAUGACAUGUGGAAAGAAGAGACCCGUGUCCCCCAUCCAUUGCCUCAUCCUCGCAGCUGCUAGCUGUUUUGCCAAACUGAGUGAAUCUCUGCAGGUCACAGUGCAACCUGCCUCCAUUGUCCAAAAGCUCGGGGGCCCAGUCAGCCUGGGGUGUGUGGUGGACCCCCCCAGAGUGAACCUCACGUGGAGACUGAACGGGAAGGAGCUGGCUGGAUCGGACGAGGUGCUGGGUAUCCACAUCGAGCGAGGGAAACUUGUCAUCACGGCUCUCAACAACCACACCGUGGGGCGAUACCAGUGCAUCGCCCGUGUGCCCGAAGGAGUCAUUGCCAGUGUCCCUGCAGUGGUCACGUUAGCUAAUCUCAAAGAUUUCAAGUUCGACGGGCAGCACGUGAUCGAGGUGGAUGAAGGGAACACAGCUGUGAUCGCCUGCGACCUGCCUGAAAGUCACCCCAAGGCUCAGGUCCGCUACAGCGUGAAGCAGGAGUGGCUGGAGGCCUCCCGAGACAAUUACCUUAUCAUGCCAUCCGGGAACCUUCAGAUAGUCAAUGCCAGCCAAGAGGAUGAGGGGACUUAUAAAUGUGCUGCCUACAACCCUGUGACGCAGGAGGUGAAAACCUCGGUCUCCAGCGAGAGGCUCCGUGUGAGACGCUCCACCGCGGAGGCAGCCCGGAUAAUCUACCCCCCCGAAGCUCAGACCAUCAUUGUCACCAAGGGCCAAAGCCUCAUCCUGGAGUGCGUGGCCAGUGGGAUCCCACCGCCGCGGGUCACCUGGGCCAAAGAUGGCUCCAGCGUCUCUGCGUACAACAAGACACGCUUCCUGCUCAGCAACCUCCUGAUUGACCCCACAAGUGAGGAGGACUCGGGCACCUACAGCUGCACGGCUGACAAUGGGGUUGGCGAGGCCGGAGCUGCGUUUAUCUUCUACAAUGUGCAGGUGUUUGAGCCCCCGGAGGUCACCAUGGAGCUGUCCCAGCAGAUCAUUCCCUGGGGCCAGAGCGCCAAGUUCACCUGCGAGGUGCGAGGGAACCCCCAGCCCUCCGUCGUGUGGCUGCGCAACGCCGUCCCCCUCUCUGCCAGCCACCGGCUCCGGCUCUCCCGCAGGGCGCUGCGGCUGGUCAGCGUGGGGCCCGAGGAUGAUGGCAUAUACCAGUGCAUGGCGGAGAACGAGGUCGGCAGCGCGCAAGCCAUGGUGCAACUGAGGACAGCCCGGCCGGGAGCUACGCUCAACUCUAGGCGAGAUGCCCAGCUGGGUUUGGCUCAGCCUUCAACACCACCUUCCAGGAACAGUGCCUUAAAGCUGCCCCUGGAUAAAGCUGGGCUGCCAAAACCUGGGACGACCCCACUAGCAGCGUCUCCGCAGUGUGCAGACAACGGGGAGCUGGUGUCUCCAGCCGAGGCCCCCAUCAUCCUCAGUUCUCCCCGGACAUCCAAGACGGACAGCUACGAUCUGGUGUGGAGACCCCGGCCUGACAGCAGAGCCCCCAUCCUCUAUUAUGUGGUGAAGCAUCGCAAGGUAUCGCUGUUUCGCCCUGCUCCCAUCUUCCCUCUGCGCCAUUCCACAGGCGGGCUGGUGGCCUCACUGCACGUUUUCACACCUCGUGAGCAGGUCACCAAUGCCUCCGACAGCUGGGCAGUGAGGGACAUCCCAGCCUCGCAGCACCGCCUGACCCUCACCAAGCUGGACCCUGGGAGCCUCUACGAGGUGGAGAUGGCCGCUCACAACUGUGCUGGCGAGGGACAGACGGCCAUGGUGACCUUCCGGACCGGUAAAGGCCGGCGCCCAAAACCAGAGAUUGUUGCCAGCAAAGAGCAGCAAAUCCAGAGGGACGACCCAGGCACGAGCACUCAGAGCAGUAACCAGUCUGACAACAGCCGUCUGUCCCCUCCAGAGGCACCAGACCGUCCAACCAUCUCCAUGGCAUCAGAGACGUCUGUGUACGUGACCUGGAUCCCCCGCGGGAAUGGCGGGUUCCCCAUCCAGUCUUUCCGUGUGGAAUAUAAGAAGUUGAAGAAAUUGGGAGACUGGGUCCUGGCCACCAGUGACAUUCCUCCCUCUCGCCUCUCUGUGGAAAUCCCAGGCCUGGAGAAAGGCACAUCCUAUAAAUUCCGUGUCCGGGCACUGAACAUCCUGGGAGAGAGCGAGCCCAGCGCGGCGUCUCGGCCAUAUGUGGUGUCUGGGUACAGCAACCGAGUCUACGAGCGCCCUGUGGCCGGGCCAUACAUCACCUUCACAGAUGCCAUCAAUGAGACCACCAUCAUGCUGAAGUGGAUGUAUAUCCCAGCCAGCAACAACAACACUCCCAUCCAUGGUUUUUACAUCUACUACCGCCCCACUGACAGUGACAAUGACAGCGACUACAAGAAGGACGUGGUGGAAGGAGAUCGGUACUGGCACUCCAUCAGCCACCUGCAGCCAGAGACCUCGUAUGACAUUAAGAUGCAAUGCUUCAACGAGGGUGGCGAAAGCGAGUUCAGCAACGUGAUGAUCUGUGAAACCAAAGCUCGGAAGUCUCUUGGUCUGCCAGGUCGUCUGCCACCCUCCACAGUGCCUCCUCAGCAGCAUCCACCACUCAGUGGUGGGCACAGUGGCCUGGGGACAGGAGCCAUGGUGGCCCGUUCCAGCGACUUGCCAUACUUGAUUGUAGGCGUUGUGCUGGGCUCUAUCGUACUCCUCAUCGUGGCUUUCAUCCCCUUUUGCCUUUGGAGAGCCUGGUCCAAGCAGAAGCAAACCAUUGACAUGGGCUUCCCAGGAGCUGGGCUGCUGGUAUCAUCCUGCCAGUACACCAUGGUGCCUCUGAGGGGCAUCUCUGCUCCUCGUGCCAAUGGACAUCCCUAUGUUAACAGGCAGCCCUACGCCAACGGGGCACAUCUGAACGGCAUCUGCCCCUCUGCGGGAGUGGGGUAUGCAAGCAGCAAGCCCCAGGAUUACAGUCCAGAUGAAGUGCCACUGUCACAUGAGGAGACCAACGCCUUGCUGCAGGCGAGAGUGCUGCAAAACGGGAAUGCCCAGCAAGACUACCAGCCCUCCAGAUUGCCCAACUCAAGAACAGGAGAUGGCUCUUUCCUCUACAGUCUCCCGGAUGACUCCACUCACCAGCUGCUUCAGCCACAAGAUGACUGUCCUCACCUUCAAGAGCACUUUGUUGGCCUCCAUCAUCCAGUGAUGGGCAGCAAAGUGGGAGGCCCUAGCCUGGAUGCUCGACGGGAUCCCCUGUUCCACCAGGGAAGCCCUUGCUGCCUAGGCCUAGUGCCAGUUGAAGAGGUAGAAAGACUAGAUUGCUGCCAGUCCAGAGGAGAUCUACAUCCCCAGAAUCCAGUGAUCACAUCUUUGGGUCAGGACCUACCAAGACAUCUGAACAGCAGCCCGCCACCACUGAGGCCCUUAGAGACUCAUUCUCCCACCAGCUAGGGACCAAGCUGCCUUUUGCAAAAGACUUAUUCUAAAGAGAAAAAGAGAAUGGGUAUUUAUUUUUGUAUAACACCCCUAUUUAUAUAUUUAUGCACUUGUAUAUAGAUGUAUAUGUGCCUUUUAUAAUGCUAUGGAGACAGAAGGCAUCCUCAGCAAGGUCACAGGAGGGCCCAAGAAACAAGGCAGCAGCUAUCCGUGGCACCGGGCUGUUCGUCAGAGCACAAGAUUGAAACAGCAGCACAAGAGACGUCGCAGGACAUGGGUCCAAACAGAGCUGCCACCACCAAGACCUAGCACCCUCUUGCAGUGAGGGCUUCCCAAAAGAUAACGCUGUCAAAAAGGUCUUUUCCUCUCCCCCACAGGAAGGUUUGUCCCAGAACCACGCUCCUGUGAAUGGACUGGAGUUAUGCACUCUGCCUAAUCAACUUAAACAACCCUUCACAUACACGCCAUCUGCAGCCGCGUAUCUGUAAAGACAAACCCACGCUUUAACAUCUAAAAUAAAGGCUUUAGUCUUU